UUUAGAUAGCAUUAAAAUAUAGAUAUUAUUCAAUAAAUUAUUUGCUUAUGACUAUUAUUUCCGGGCUUAUCGAAUCUGAAACCACAUUACUGAAAUCCUAUAUAUGUAGGUAUGAUACUUAUAUGCCACUUAGCCACGAAUUGACAUCAGAAGGAAUUUUUAGGUUUAAAAUAUUAAUGUUGAAACUUGUACAUUGGUUUAAUAUAAUAUGUUGAAGGACCUCUGCUAAAUGAAAUUGGUUUGAACAUGGAAUCAAGUUCAAAUAAUUAUAAUACAACAAGAAAAAUGCAUCUUUAUGCGGGACACGAUAUUAGCGUAGGAAUGGCAAUGCGCUUUCUUGGCCACACUAUUGAAAUGCCCGGUUUCGGUGCUUCGUUACAUUUCCAUAUGUAUUACGACGUAACAAAAGGAUACACAGUUAAGGUAUUCUAUUUUGAUCGAUGGGACAAUGAAAAGGGUGAAGAAAUCUCAAUACCUAUUUGUGGUAAUCCCUGCAAAUUUGAGGACUUCAAAAAUCUUUUGACCAACAAUUUCUCUGAAAGUUGGGAAGAUGUGUGUCAAAAAAUAUAAAACUACCUAUAAAAUA